UCUUUGUUGAAUCAUUUCAAGUAAAUUGCAUUUCAGUGUCCCAGAGGACACCCUCAAAACAGGCCCUCGAACCACUGGUUCCCAUUGCAAAGUGCUGUCCCGAAUUGUUUUCCUGCUGACCGAUGACAGGUUGAUCCUCUGUGAUACCUCCUAUUCAGCAUGUUCAUCUGUUGUGCUGUGAGUCAGCAGACGGGGUAUUAGAGUUGUGGUGUGGGACUCAGGGUCCACCUUCACAUGGGCUGCUUUUAUUUCCGACCUUUUAAAUCCUGCUGGACCCAAAACCGCGUAGGUCAGUACAUAUUUGUGUCCACAUGGAUUUAUUCUAAAGAUAUCAUAUAUUUCAGUCGGUCUAGACUCUAAAGCUUCAUUGUCAGAUGAUCCUUGUAUGAUUGUGAGUGUUUGGAGGAAUUAAUAUGAGGAUGUGGUAGCAUUCUCCUGGAGAGGACGCAGAUGCAGUUUGGAAAUAGGGAUCAUCUUACAAUGGGAUCAGACCAUCUGCGAGAUGAGCCAGGGGCGGGGGGGCUCUUUUUGCCCAGGCCGCAGCUUUCUUCAAACUUGGCCAUCAUUUUGAUCUCAACUACACACCUGCAAAGCUUUUUCACUGCAUCUUGCACGUUUGUGAUGCUCCCACGAUGACCGCAUCUGUCCACUGCCAGAAAUAUAAGCGCCUUGCAAAGUCUCAUGGCACACACACACACACAGACAAUACCACUGGCUGGCGACGAACCAAUGCCUGAUUCGAGAGGGUGGAUGGGAUCCAGACAGCCUGAUAGAAACUGCAGCAGAGACAAUUUAUUGAACUAACUAUAGCUGUUUCUUGUUUCUGCAGGCUCAGCCUUCUCUGUUUAAGCUGUGAUCAUGGGCAAGAACCUGCUGAAGAAUCCCAGCGGGGAAGACCAGCUGGAGUUCUGGGAGCUGACGGAGAAUGGUGGGAGUCAGUGGAAGGUGGAGGACAUGCCGGGAGACUGCGGCUACGACUUCUGCAUGGACGGAGUGACCACAUACUUUGCAACUUCCUUUGAUCUGUGUCUGAAGAGACAGGUGAUCGACCUGUUAGCGGAGGAUUACUCCAGCGAACAGCUGGACGCUCAGCCGGCCGUGACAGUGGAAGAUUGGUACUGUGGGAGGACGGAUUGUGGCUGCGCCUACCAAAUGACCGUGUGUCUGCUGGAUGAGAACCAAGAGGUCAUACAGGAGUUCAAACCCGAGCCGGUGACUCUCGACCCUGACUCUGACGACUGCUCGUGGAAGCAGGUCAGCCAUACAUUCACCGACUAUGGCCCUGGAAUGCGUUUCAUCACCUUUGAACAUGGAGGACAAGACGCCAAGUUCUGGGACGGUUGGUUCGGAGUCCGAGUCACUGGGAGCACUGUUACGGUCGAGAUAUGAACGAGAGAAAGAGGGGGAGAAAGGAGGCGGCAAUCAAGUAGUUAUGAACACUGAAAGGUAGAGGAGGAAGAAGGAGAACUGGAGUAAUGUAAAGACUCCAGGCUGGCGUGGAGGUCUCCAGGUUUCAAGAGGACCAGCUUUGCCUUGUGCACAUAGCACCUCCGUAUAUCAUGCAUAAUGCUGUUGCUGUGGAAACAUACUGCUGCUAUGAAGACUGUACUUACAAAAAAAAAAUGGGGUCACUUUACUAACUUUGAAAUAUAACAAUUACUGCUUGCAACACAGUCAUUAAUGGUCGGUUGGGUGGAGGUGGUGUAACACUCAGAUUGGAAUUAAAAUGAUGAAAUAAAUGUUCAACUACAUCAUUGCCUGUUUUGUUAAGUUGGAGCUUCGAUUCGAAGAAGUGACUGUUAUCUUUUACUCCCUUGCGAGCAGUGGUACAUGUACUCAAGGUACUCAAGAUUUGAGGUACUUGUAGUUUACUUGAGUAUUCCCAUUUAAUGCCACUUUAUACUUCUGCUUAGGUAAAGUUCAAGUACUUGAAAAUGUAACUUAAGUACAGUGCUUAAGUAAAUAUGCGUAGCUAUUUUAUUACACACCGACUGAUGAUUUAAUAUACAUAAUGUAUUUCAUUCUACUGUACAUACUCAAUCAGUAAGUUUACAGUAUGUACUGCAUACGGCCUACUAAAUGAAUAACUAAGUGCCAAUACCAGCAGACUGUUUACACUAAAGUACACUCAAGCAAUGAGACUUCUCUGCAUCGCAUGAUGGUUGAAAAUUGCUAAUCACAAAUGUAAAACAUUACCUCUUCCACUCAAUUAACUAUUUCUUCUAUUUCUUGGGUGUAUAUUUGCCUUCAUUUGACAGGACAGUACCGGGGAGAGAUAAAGAGACGGGUAUGACAUGCAGCAAAGGCCCCAGGACUGGAAUUAAACUCAUUGCGGUUAUAUUGCAUGUAAAAUUGAAAAAAUCCAAAUUAAAAAUGAUUAAGUAUUUUAGUGCUAC